AUAUCGAUGAGUGCCUCAGUGGCAGCCAUGCUUGUAACGUGACUGCAAAUUGUACCAACACUGACGGCUCUCACAACUGCACUUGUAAGGAAGGAUACACUGGGGAUGGACAGUCAUGCCAAGAUAUCAAUGAGUGUAGCGGUGGCAACCAUGUUUGCGAUGUUAAUUCAAACUGUAACAACACAGAGGGUUCUCAUAUUUGUACUUGCAAGGAAGGAUACACUGGAGAUGGACAGUCAUGUCAAGAUAUCGACGAAUGCAGCAAUGGAAGCCAUGAUUGUGACGUAAAUGCGAAUUGUACAAACACUAAUGGCUCCCAUAGCUGCACCUGUAAGGAAGGAUACACUGGAAAAGGAGAGUCAUGCCAAGAUAUCGAUGAGUGCCUCAAUAGAAGCCAUGCUUGUGACGUGACUGCGAGUUGUACAAACACUGACGGCUCCUACAACUGCGCCUGUAAGGAAGGAUACACUGGGGACGGACAGUCAUGCCAGGAUGUCAAUGAGUGUAGCAAUGGCAGCCAUGUUUGCCAUGUUAAUUCGAACUGUAACUACACAGAUGGUUCUCAUAUUUGUACUUGCAAGGAAGGAUACACUGGAGAUGGACAGUCAUGUCAAGAUAUCGACGAAUGCAGCAAUGGAAGCCAUGAUUGCGACGUAAAUGCGAAUUGUACAAACACUAAUGGCUCCCAUAGCUGUACCUGUAAGGAAGGAUACACUGGAAAAGGAGAGUCAUGCCAAGGUAAAAUUAGAUUAUUCAGAAUAACUGCCCAUCACAAAUAA